GAACAGAACGUUACAGACAGAACACAACACAACAUCUCAACACUCCUUGCUGGCUGCCUUAAAACCUUAAUAAUAAUCCUUUUAUCUUCUCUCUCUCUCUCUCUGUUCCAUUUUUUCAUUCUUUCUCUUCCACUGUUUCCUCUGCAUUUCAACCUCAUAACUACCCAACACGUUCUCCGGCUAAAUAAACUCUAUAUUUCCGGCGAAAUCAAUGCGACUCAGUUUUUAGAAUCUUACUGUUAGAUUAGAUCAUCGUUCGCCGGAAAAUCAUCUUUUCUUAUCAUAGUUGCGGCAAAACCACCACGACCCAGUUUCUACAACCUCACUCCAAGAUACUCAUUCAACAAAAGAACCUAACUUUUUUGAAUUUUCCGGCGACCCAUUUCAUAGAAAGCUACUCUGAGUGUACAACAAUGUCGAUCUUCGACGGAGCUUUCAUCAACACACAGCUCUCCAAACACACAUCGAUCUUCGGUCUCCGUUUAUGGGUUGUAAUCGGAAUCUUAAUCGGCGUUGUAAUCGUCUUCAUCCUCUUCUUAAUCUCCCUUUGUGUAGUUUCUCGCCGGCGCCACCGCCGUACCGACGACUACAAAAUCACCGGAGCUACUCCAGCUAAAGAAAUCCAAGAGAUCGUGCAUAUUCCAGGACCCCACAUGCUCCGGCGACCAGCUCCGGCGAAAGUACCGGAGAUCCACGUGGAUAUUGGAAGACAAGAACACCGUGUGGUUGUUAAGUCAGAUAGGGUUUCAAGUGGUGAGAGUAAAGGAACAGUUGGAAGUGGGUGUGAAACGACGUCGUCUUUUGGAAGUGGUAGUGUUGGUGGAAUUGGACCUGAAGUAUCACAUCUUGGAUGGGGAAGAUGGUAUACUUUGAGAGAGCUUGAAGAUGCUACUGGUGGAUUGUGUCCAGAGAAUGUUCUUGGUGAAGGUGGUUAUGGAAUUGUUUAUCAUGGUGUUCUCACUGAUGGUACUAAAGUUGCUGUCAAAAAUCUCUUGAAUAACAAGGGCCAAGCUGAAAAAGAAUUCAAAGUCGAGGUAGAAGCAAUUGGUCGAGUACGGCACAAAAAUCUUGUUAGGUUGCUUGGAUAUUGUGUUGAAGGGGCCUACAGGUACUUAUAUUUUUUUUCUUCUUAUAAACAAAAGAAAAAUAAAUCGAGGCUACAAAUUUUGUUUGUUUUGAAUUUAGAUUUAAGAUUAGGAUUAUGUAUAGUAUUAUUGUUUUGCAGGAUGCUUGUGUAUGAAUAUGUGGACAAUGGCAAUUUAGAACAGUGGUUGCAUGGGGAUGUUGGACCUGUUAGCCCUUUGACAUGGGAAAUACGCAUGAACGUUAUAUUAGGAACAGCAAGAGGAUUGGCCUAUCUUCACGAAGGUCUUGAACCUAAGGUUGUUCACCGAGAUGUGAAAUCAAGCAACAUCCUCCUCGAUCGCCAAUGGAACUCCAAGGUUUCUGAUUUCGGGCUUGCCAAGCUUUUGAAUUCUGAGAAUAGUUAUGUCACGACUCGAGUAAUGGGGACAUUUGGUUAUGUUGCACCAGAAUAUGCCUGCACGGGAAUGCUUACCGAGAAGAGUGAUGUUUAUAGCUUUGGGAUACUUAUCAUGGAGAUAAUUACUGGGAGAAGUCCUGUUGAUUAUGGUAGACCACAAGGAGAGGUUAAUUUAAUAGAGUGGUUGAAGACUAUGGUUGGUAAUCGAAAAGCUGAGGAAGUAGUCGAUCCUAAGCUACCUGAGAUGCCAUCUUCAAAGGCUCUCAAACGUGCUCUAUUAAUUGCUCUUCGGUGUGUUGAUCCUGAUGCAACAAAGAGGCCUAAAAUGGGACAUGUCAUUCACAUGCUCGAGGCAGACGACCUGUUAUUCCAUAAUGAUCGCAAAACUGGAGGAGAGUCUUCGCGAUCCCUUCAUGAUUUUCAACAAGAGCACGAGGACUCAAAUUUGGAUAAGAGAACAGAUGAAGGUAUAAGUGUUGAAACUGAACAUGGUAGUGCUAGAAAUAAUUAUCAGUCUACUAGGGGGAGAUGAACAUAGUGUGAUAAAUUAAAUAGAAUUAUGUAUUUUAGUUUUUUAUUUAUUUAUUUUUUAUCUUUAGUAGUUUGCCCUUAUUUAUUUUUAUCUCAAUUUAUAAAAAAAUGAAAGGAGUAUCUGUUUAUUUGUUUGUCUCAUUACACAAAUUUUACCCCUGUUGUUACCAACCCCAAUUUGGGAUUCAUAUUCAAAUGUAUACUGUGAGUUGUUAUUGUAAAAUAAAAAAAUGUUUAUGACAA